AUGACGGUCGAAGAACAACGACAGAAACAUGUUGUCAUGAUUGACAACUAUGACUCCUUCACCUGGAACUUGUACGAGUAUCUCUGCCAGGCAGGUGCCGAGGUUUCGGUGUACAGAAACGACAAAAUCACUCUGACGGAAAUCGAGGCACUGAGUCCGGACCUCAUAUUGAUCUCGCCCGGUCCAGGCCAUCCGAAGACGGAUGCGGGCAUUUCCAGAGACGUGAUUGAAUACUUCAAAGGCAAGCUACCGAUCUUUGGUGUUUGCAUGGGACAGCAGUGCAUCUACGAGGUGUUUGGCGGAGAUGUCGAGUACGCGGGCGAAAUUGUCCACGGUAAGACGUCUACGAUUACUCACGACAACAAGGGGAUGUUCAAGAACGUUCCCCAGGGUGUGGCGGUGACCAGAUACCACUCACUAGCAGGAUCUGCGCAGUCGCUACCUGAUGUUCUCGAGGUGACUGCACAGACUGAAAACGGUAUCAUCAUGGGUGUCAGACACAAGGAGUAUACCAUAGAAGGCGUCCAGUUCCACCCGGAGAGUAUUCUCACCGAGGAGGGCCAUUUGAUGGUGAAGAACAUCCUAUCUGUCAAGGGUGGCUACUGGAAAGACAACGAGGCCUUGACGAGCACGACCGUCAAGCCGUCGAUAUUGGACAAGAUAUACAACCAGCGCCGUAGUGACGUGAGAGCUGCUGCCCUCCAGCCUGGCCGGACGUUGGAAGAUUUGGAGACUUACUACAAACUGGGGUUGGCUCCAAGCAUCUUGAAUUUUCAUUCAAAACUCUCGGCACUCACGUCCAAGGGCGAAGUGACAAUAAUAAGUGAAAUCAAGCGUGCAUCCCCAUCGAAGGGCGACAUCGAUAUCGAGGCAAAUGCUGCGUUACAGGCGUCUAGAUAUGCCAACGCAGGAGUCGCAGCGAUAUCCGUUUUGACCGAACCAACCUGGUUCAAAGGCUCGCUCGAGGAUCUGGAGAUGGCCAGAAAGGCUGUGGACAUCUUUUCUGCCAAAAACGACACAGAGAGACCGUGCAUCUUGCGGAAAGAGUUUAUCUUCAACGAGUACCAGAUUCUUGAGGCACGUCUUGCUGGUGCCGACACAGUUCUCUUGAUUGUGAAAAUGCUCACUGAAGAAGAGCUCACCAAAUUGAUCAAGUACGCACGGUCGCUCGACAUCGAGCCAUUGGUCGAGGUGAACACUUCUGAUGAACUUGCCGUGGCUCUUAAAGUCGGGUCGAAGGUGAUCGGCGUCAACAACAGAAACUUGAAAGACUUCAACGUCGACCUGGAUACCACCACUAGUGUACUUUCUGGCAUCACGGCAGAGCAGCGAAAAGAGUUGGUGUUUCUGGCCUUAAGCGGCAUCAGCGGUGCUGCAGAUGUGAAGUCUUAUGUUGACCAAAACGUCUACGGGUUUCUCAUUGGUGAGUCCUUGAUGCGCAAAGGCGACAAAGUUGGCGAGUUUAUCAAGGAGUUACAGAGUGUAUAG